UUAUAUUCUUAAUCAACAAAUAAACGACAGAUUAAUGCAAAUAAAGAGCGCAGAAAAGUUGUUAAAAACAAUCGCAUCGACGUGACGUAUACUGGGAUGUAUCGAAAGAGAUGAGUUGGGAGAUUGCCUACGGGCAGGGUAGCGCGAUCGCGUCCUGUGCUGCCCCUGGUGGUUGGUGAGGCGACUAACGUACGAAACGACGAAAAUAGAAUGUGUAUAAGAAGACAGGGACGUCACACCUCGAGGGUGUCCGUCUUUAAGUGCAUUAUAUGAUUUUGCAAAAGUUCUAACGAGUUAUGGCCGAAUUGGAUAUUAUCAGUCUAUUUGGUACCUGUUUUCGUCACUUUAUUAGGAGUUAGAAUUGCCUGUCAUUCACGUAAGGUAAACACAAGCGCGAAGAAGCUUCUAACUGUUACUUGAGAAAACAGCGUGACAUUUAACAUGUCUGUCACUGAAGAACGAGUACAAGAGCUUAAUAGACAUUUCUUAGAGUUUAUGAGUAAGUCUGAAAAUGUCGACACUGCUACGAAAGAAAUCUACGAAGACCUUUUGGAGGAGGUCUUGAUGGGUUUUGUUUUCGAUGUUCAUCGGACAACAAAAACUGGGAGCUCUGACGUCGAGGAAGGAAUUCCAGACGACGAGUCUUAUGCUAUCGUGGAUUCGCCUGGGCUGGACGUAUUUGGUCAACAUCCCAUAAAAAAGUCGCAAGAGUGCAAUUGCCCAAACUGCGAUAGGGGUGUGGCUGCGUGUCGAUUUGCGACUCAUCUAGAGAAAUGUAUGGGCAUGGGCCGGAAUAGUUCUCGAAUUGCAUCUAGACGUAUCGCUAAUAAUUCCAAGGACCUGAGCAACUUUAGUGGUGUCAUUAGUGAUGACGAUGACGACGUGGAUUGGAGUUUAACCAAUGACAAACGUAAAAGAAGAAAAGACCGAAAUGGAAUAAAAAGAACAAAACAGCAAAAAAGUGGCCAAAGGAACGGUGAAAACGUCACUGAAAGUACGCACACAAGCAAUGAAAACUCUCCUUCGAAUUAUGAAAAUAUGUCAUUGGAAGAUAAGAAGACAUUGUUGACGCAAAUAUGUGGAGUGGUAUCGGAACACACUAAAAAGCUAUGUACUCGAUCUAUGCGCUGCCCUCAACAUACGGAUGAUCAGAGAAAAGAAAUGAGGGCUAGUUUAGAACCGGGAAGCAGUAUGCCAAAUUCUCAGGAUAAUCUUCACGUCGACGUUGACACCUAUGACGAGGGAGAUGGGCAGAAUUUAAGAGAGGUCUUGACUCGAUGGGACCGAGAAGGUUCGAGUCAUUCCAGUCCUGCCGAUUCCACAUCAACUACCUCGACAUCCUCUUUAAGUAGAAAACGCGACACGAAAUCGAAGGGCAAGGGGAAAGCUCCUAAGAGAGACCGCGGGUCACCGAUUUCUCAAGGAGAUUGAAUUAGUGUCGGUAAUUUAUUAAGUAGCUGGAUGCAAUUCACUUUACUAGUGAUAAUUAUUUAAUAAUAUUCCUCAAUACUCCAUAAACUUGAGUUUAACCCGCGACAUGGGCGAAUUCAUUUUAACCAACUCGUGGUUCAAUGAUUCUGAUUAAAAUUGCUCCGCAACAAUGUCAAGUGUAUUGUAUGGGACGAACUUAGUUGUAAAUUUAUUUGCUACAGUACGCUCUAGGAAAAGUAUUUUAAAGCUCCGAUCAACUCUAUUGAGAAAAUACAACAUUUUUUGUGAAGAAUUGAUUUUUACACGAUCAGCAAAUGUCUAUGUUGCGUGCUUUUGUAUGAUCAUAUCCUGUGACUGAUCGAAGUAAAGAACUGCAGUGUCAUGUGUUCAUAAUGAAUGACUAUUGGAAGGGCAUUGUAAAGUUUAACCUGAGUAAUAUAGCAAAUAACAUGUUAUAAUAACA